AUGAUUUUGACAAUACAAAACUUCAUAAUGGGUCCGGCAUUACCUGAGUUACAGGUUAUAUACAGCGCUAGUGUUCAACAGAUCUCAAACACACAGACCAUUGCCUCCGCUUUCUAUUUGGUUGGAUCUCUCAGCAUAUGUGUCGCUUGCAUGACAUACGCCCGACGAUUGGAUGUAUUGUACGUAUUAUACGCUAUCAUUAACAUAGGCUGCGGAGGAAUAGACUCCGUGACCAACGUAUGGAUUGUGGAGAUGUGGGCCGACAAUUGCGGGCCCUAUACUCAGGGAUUGCAGUUUGUGAUGAGUAUCGGAGCGCUUAUAUCGCCUCAAAUUAUAAACCCAUUUCUACCAAAACAAGCAAUACUCGCUGUCAUAUUAUUAUCAGUAAUUCUGAUUGGAUUGGUUGGCGUUAUCGCAAACCUAUGGACUUUUUGGCCACUUUAUGCCGCGUCCAGUGGUCUCCAUAUGAGCAACGAGUUGGCCGACAACAUCAAUACCGUACAAUUGGCCGCCACUACC